AUGGGAAGGAAAGAAUUUCAUGUUGCAAAAGUUCAUUUCGAACAAGAAGAAUCUUGUGCAAGCAAGUGCAAUAGAAGCGAGUGGGUGCUCAAGGCAAGAAGGAAACAUGAGAUUGCAAACACUAUGCUCCUUCUUGGAAUAAUGAAUCAGGAAACUUCGGGUCAAGGUGUUGAGCUGAAUGAAACUUCCGAGAUCCAAGAGAGGUUACAGAAUUUCAGCAAGCUCACUGCCGAUAGUAGCAGUGAUGCAGAAAGGAUCGCGUUUUUUGCACGAUCCGUUCAGAAACAUGCAAGGUUAAGGAAUGUUGUAGAAUCGACGCGUAGAAGGAUCAGCGAUGGCAAUGCAUCAAACUCGGCGGAUGUCCUUCCAGUGUUGACCUACUUCCGUGCUCUUACAGACGCACAUGGGAGGAGGAGAGUGCAGGCUACGGCCUGCAAUGAUCUUGGACAUGCGCUAAGCACCAUUGGUGAUGAUGAGCUGAGCAUAGCUUGGCAUAAGAAAGCAUUGAGACAUCACUUGUCCAUCGAUGAUAUUGAGGGCAUUGAGACUGACAUUGAUUACUUGCUCUCUUUGUUUACUCGUCUCGAUGCACACCAAAUGCGCCUGAAACAAUGGAUUGAAGUGAAGCAAAGAAUUAGCUCUUCGCAAGGAUCCUCCUAUCGAGACGUUUUGAACCUCAUACGAUCGAUGAUUAAUGACACCAAGUUGGACUCCUCUAACAGUACACCUACGGCAGAUCAGUCCGAGGUAGAACAGCUGGAAGCAAACAAGAUUUCCAAUAGGGCCAGCGAAGAUGCUCUUUCUGCGCAGCAAACUUGGAAUGCUGUCACGCCAAGUUCGUCCUCAGUAUCAAAUUCGGAGGUGGCAUUUACAGCAGGAAGUUUAGACGGAUGGGAAGCACAGGGUCCUCCAGAGCGCUCGUCUAGUCGAGGAAGCAUUCCAAGGGCCGAGUGCAUCGUGAUCAACCAGGACAUACAUCACCUUCAGAUGCACUCCUCAAGCGAGUCCUCCUUCAUUCCGUCAGCCGUGAACUCCUCUUUUGUUAACUUGCCGCAUUGGACGAGACAUGAAGGAUAUCUGAAGCAGAAAGUCGGAAUUUUGAACACUUGGAAGGAAAGGAGGGUCGUCGCUUCACUUGGCAUUCUGGAAAUUUACAGGAGUGCAGACAGGACUAACGGAAAGCAAGUGAAUGAUAGGCAAGGAGCAACUCCAGCAGUCGACAACAGCAUCACCCUCAGAGCGGAGCUAAGAGACUGUGCGGUCCUUUCAAAGCAGUUUGGAAGACAGGUGGUGUUGGGCAGCCCUUUCACCUUUGACUUGCCCCUCCAGCACUUCGGGAUCGAAGUAAAACUUCACAACGGCAACAAGAUCCACUUUGCGGCGCAGGGGGUGAUGGAACAAUCGAGAUGGAUUGAAGUCAUACAGAUGCAAUCUUCGAACUGGCAUACCAAUGCUCGACAUUCUGUUCGAUGA